AUGCAUUCUGUUGGAAACGGUCGACCGAUCCUGACCGACAGAAAGCUCCUGGAAGAGAUUGUCGAUUACGUGAAGCGCUACGACCUAUUCUCUUCAGUGGUGGUCACCAGCUUUCACCCAGUCGUUCCGUUCAUGAUUAACAAGAAGGAAUCGCGGUUGUUAACAGGUCUAUCAUACUCGCGCCAUGGAAUCACAUCAUAUUUCGAGAAGGCUCACCCACGUAACCUUCCCUACAAAUACUUCGGGCAAUUUCUCGAUGAAACGCAACACUUUGGUAGGCUUGUUUUUUGA